AUGAAUUGGAAGCUUCUAUUAUGGCUAGUUCUGGUUCUAGUUCCGAUACUAGUGAAGUCGGAAUCAGUUCCAGUGGGAUGUGUGGAGAUCAGAAAUCGUAAGAUCGACAGAUUUAUGAUCAGUUCUAAAAAGCACGACGCCGAUCGCCGCCACAUAGCGUACGAUGAGAAAGCUCAGCAAUGGGUCAUCACGAGGGAAGGUGACAAGUAUAGGAUCACGCAUGGUUCGCUCAAGGAGGAUUUGUUCGAGUCCCAGCAGACCUUCAAUGGUAAUUACGUAUUCACCUGGGUACCAAAGUCGAAGAUUACCGACGGUGGCGCCACCUGGAGCAUUUCGUACGCUGGAACGCGGGGAUUCUUCCACAUCAAAAAUAAGAAGUUUAAUCACUGUCUGUACACGAAGGGAGUUGGUCUGUGGAUUGGAGCAUACGCUGGCUGCGAUGGUUGGGAGUACGAGUGGCAAAUUCAUCAGUUCAAGUGUAAAAAUUAA